CCGGCCUCCCCCUCCUCUCGGCUCCCAACAUGGCGGCGGGUGGUGCAGGCGGCGGCUGCCCCCCGGCCUCGCUGCUGCGGCUGCUGCUGGGGCUGGCGGCGGCGGCGGCCGGGCGCGGCGGGGAGGCGGCGCGGCUGUACCGGCCCGGGGAGGACCCGCUGACCGUGCUGGAGGCGGGCACCGUGCGCCGGGCGCUGCUCAACUCCUCGGCCGCCUGGGUGCUGCAGUUCUACAGCUCGUCGUGCGGCCACUGCAUCGGCUUCGCCCCGACCUGGCGGGCCCUGGCCGGGGACGUGAGAGACUGGGAACCUUCCAUCAGGAUUGGUGUGCUGGAUUGCGGGGAGGAAGAGAACUAUGAGACCUGUAAAGAAUAUGGUAUUCUCUACUAUCCAACUUUUAGGUACUUCAAAGCAUUUACAAAGCAGUUCACAACUGGGGAAAAUUACAAAGCAGGGUCAGAUCGCGAGCUCCAAACCGUUCGUCAGAUGAUGAUUGAUUUUCUACAGAACCAUUCUCAAGAAUCAAGACCACCUGCUUGCCCUCCCUUAAAUCCAAUUCCGUCCAGUGAGAUUACUUCUCUUUUUGACAAGAAUAGCCAUCAUUAUACUGCCAUCGUGGUUGAAAGUAGUAACUCCUAUGUUGGGCGAGAGGUGAUCUUAGACUUGAUUCAGUAUGAAAACGUUAUGGUAAAGAGAGUGCUGAAUUCUGAUAAGGCUUUUCUAGAGAAACUUGGUAUUACCUCAAUCCCUUCAUGUUAUCUGAUCUAUCCAAAUGGGUCCCAUGGAUUAAUUAACAUUUUGAAGCCUCUUCGGUCUUUCUUUUCUUCCUAUUUAAAAUCACUUCCUGGUGUGAGAAGAAAACUUGUUUCACAACUUCCUCUACCAAAAAAGCAAAAUAAACAGGAGGGCACAGAAAUCAAGGCAUGGAAGGAAUUUGAUAAAGCUAAGCUGUACAUGGCUGACCUUGAAUCAGGAUUGCAUUACCUACUCAGGGUAGAACUUGCCACUCACAAGACGCUUGAGGGAGCUGAGCUAAAGACCUUCAAGGAUUUUGUUACAGUCAUUUCCAAGUUAUUUCCUGGCCGUCAGCCUGUGGUGAAGUUGUUAGAGACCUUGCAAGAGUGGCUGGUGAGCCUUCCAUUAGACAAAAUCCCUUAUGAUGCUAUCCUAGAUCUGGUCAACAACAAAAUGCGGAUUUCUGGAAUAUUUCUCACUAACCACAUUCAGUGGGUCAGCUGUCAGGGGAGCAGACCAGAGCUGAGAGGUUAUACGUGUUCGCUCUGGAAGUUGUUCCACACCUUAACUGUUCAAGCUGCAGUUCGACCAAAAGCCUUAAUCAACACAGGUUUUGAAGAUAAUCCCCAAGUGGUCCUACAGAUCAUGCGGCAAUAUAUUCAGCACUUUUUUGGGUGCAAGGCUUGUGCACAGCAUUUUGAAGAGAUGGCUAAAGAAUCCAUGGAGUCCGUGAAAACCUUAGACAAAGCUGUUCUAUGGCUGUGGGAGAAGCACAAUAUAGUGAAUGACAGGCUUGCAGGUGAUCCAAGUGAAGACCCAAAAUUUCCUAAAGUUCAAUGGCCAACUCCAGAUCUCUGUCCUGAGUGCCAUGAUGAAAUUAAAGGGUUACACAGUUGGAAUGAGGCCCAAGUGCUACAGUUCUUGAAGCAUCACUAUCACCAUGAAAAUAUUCUAUAUAAAUACACAGAAGGCCAGGUUAACGCUAAUGAAAUAGAACUUGGGGAUGUGAGAGAGAGAAAGACAAAAAUUUACCCAAGAAAAACAAGUGGAGACAAAGAGGACAAGAUCCUGGAUCAACAAAAUAUGUUGGAUUCAAAAUCUAAGGUCUUAGAUAAAUUAAUAGCAAAUAAUGGACCUGUCAAAGAUAGAGGUAAAAAUGCAAUCGAAUCAGUUAUCCAUAAAGAGACCAAGCCAUCUGUGUCUUUCUUAGGGAUUGGAUUUUCUAACAUAGACAUGAGUCUAUGUGUUGUACUUUAUAUAGCAUCAUCCUUAUUUUUAAUGAUAAUGUACUUUUUUUUCCGAAUGAGGUCCAAACGGUGGAAGGUGAGGUAUUAUCGUCCAGCUGUGUAGAACUUAUCAGAAAUGAUAUUUGCAUUGUAAGUGGCUGAUCAGUACCAGAUGCAGCUUUAAUAUUUAUGAUCAGGGAUUUUAUACACAGUAUUGUUUCAAAAGCCCUCUUCCCCAGCUCCCAACUCAUUUCACCAGUGUUCUCACUUAGUGCUGUAGAGCUUGCUCUAGGAAUCCCAAUAUUUGUCUAGUAUCCAGGUCCAUAGCACUAAUUUAAAGUGUUUACUAAAGGAGAAAGAUUGAACUUUUCCAUCAUUACUUAUUGUUUCCAUCCUUUAUUGGUCUCUAAUGUGAAGAAUUGCACUAUGUAAUUAGUUACUCCAGGUUUUGGAAAGAAACUGAAUACUAUUGUGUGUGUUCUGAAACAGCCUUUUUAAUUUUAUCCUGAGUUGACUAAAUGAUCUACCUGUCCACCCACUGCAUGUUGUGUGAGAUCUUGUUGUUGCCUUUGGAGAAGCAAGAAUUUUGAUUUUUUUUUUAGAGAAAGAAAAAGUAUUUUAAUUGAAUAAACUUUACAAAUGUA